GCAUGCAGACCUCCAGCUCCAGGUCUGUGCACCUGAGUGAAUGGCAGAAGAAUUACUUUGCAAUUACAUCGGGCAUAUGUACCCCAGGACAGAAGGCAGAUGCGUACCGAGCACAGAUAUUACGCGUUCAGUAUGCAUGGGCAAACGCUGAGCUCUCCCAAGUCUGUGCCACCAAACUGUUCAGAAAAUACGCAGAGAAAUAUUCUGCAGUUAUUGAUUCUGACAAUGUUGAGACUGGCUUGAAUAACUACGCAGAAAGCAUUUUAACUUUAGCAAGAUCUCAGCAGACUGACAGUGACAAGUGGCAGUCUGGACUGUCAAUAAAUAAUGUUUUCAAAAUGAGUAAUGUACAGGAGAUGAUGCAAGCUGGCAAAAAAUCCAGAGACUCUCUGUUGGCACCUGCUGAUGCAUCGGUAGUAAUCCAUAAAGAGGCUGUUGUCCUCGAUCCUCCUAAACUUAGUGUUUGUGGGGGUUCUGGGGAGAGUGGCCCAUUAACUAAUGCACCUCCUGAUACGAAUAGGACCCAAGACAUCCCAGAGAGCAGUCCUUCGAAGUGCCCUCAGGAUGCCCAGCCACCUGUGCUGACUAACACCAGAAAGACCUGUCCUUCAUCCUUAACACUGUUUGGUGACUUUGCCACUGCAAAAAUCCAUGCCACACCAUUAUUUGGAAAUGUUAAGAAGGAAAAUAACAGCUCUCCAAAGGCCAACAUAGGACUAAAUAUGUUCUCAUCUAAUCAGUCUUGUUUGCCUUCUGGCUUUGAAAAUCCACGGGAGAGAAAAACUUUUUAUGGUUCUGGCACCAUUGAUGCCCUUUCUGCCCCGAUAGUGAAUAAGGCUUUUAGUAAAACAGAGGAUAAUGGCCAAAGGGAAGAGAGUAGCCUGCCUACUUUUAAAACUGCAAAGGAACAAUUAUGGAUAGAUCAGCAAAAAAAGUACCACCAACCCCAGCGUGCAUCCGGGUCUUCCUACGGUGGUGUAAAGAAGUCUCUGGGAGCUAGUAGGUCCCGAGGAAUAUUUGGGAAGUUCGUUCCUCCUGUACCUAAGCCAGAUGGGGGAGAUCAGAAUGGGGGAAUGCAGUAUAAGGCUUACGGUGCAGGAGCUGCGGAGCUGGCACAUCCAGUUGAUGAGCGGCUGAAGAACUUGGAGCCAAAGAUGAUUGAACUUAUCAUGCAUGAGAUUAUGGAUCAUGGACCGCCCAUAAGCUGGGACGAUAUCGCAGGAGUAGAAUUUGCCAAAGCCACAAUAAAGGAGAUAGUCGUGUGGCCCAUGAUGAGGCCAGACAUCUUUACGGGUUUACGAGGACCCCCUAAAGGAAUUCUGCUCUUCGGGCCCCCCGGGACUGGUAAAACUCUAAUUGGCAAGUGCAUUGCUAGUCAGUCUGGGGCAACGUUCUUCAGUAUCUCUGCUUCUUCUUUGACGUCUAAGUGGGUAGGUGAGGGGGAGAAAAUGGUUCGUGCAUUGUUUGCCGUGGCAAGGUGUCAGCAGCCGGCUGUGAUAUUCAUUGAUGAAAUCGAUUCCCUGUUAUCUCAACGAGGAGAUGGUGAGCACGAAUCUUCUAGAAGGAUAAAAACGGAAUUUCUAGUGCAGUUAGAUGGAGCAACCACAUCUUCUGAAGAUCGGAUUCUAGUGGUGGGAGCAACCAAUCGGCCCCAAGAAAUUGAUGAGGCUGCCCGGAGAAGGUUGGUCAAAAGGCUUUAUAUUCCGCUCCCAGAAGCUGCGGCUAGGAAACAGAUUGUGAUUAAUCUGAUGUCCAAGGAGCAGUGCUGCCUCAGUGAGGAGGAAAUUGCCCUCGUUGUAAGGCAGACCGAUGGGUUCUCGGGAGCUGACAUGACACAGCUUUGCAGAGAGGCGUCUCUCGGGCCUAUUCGCAGUUUACAAACUGUUGACAUCGCCACGGUAACACCCGAUCAAGUUCGACCAAUAGCUUAUGUUGAUUUUGAGAACGCCUUCAGAACCGUGCGGCCUAGUGUGUCUCCUAAAGAUUUAGAGCUUUAUGAGAACUGGAACAGAACUUUUGGUUGCGGGAAGUGAAGGGGACACACGGGACACUUGAAAUCUAAAGAUGGCAUCUUUGUAAUGCAGCCUUUCCCACUUUUUAGCAUGGGAAACUGGGAAUUUAUUAUUUGUACUUUUACAGUGUAUAUUUUGAAUUCUAUAGCUCAAAUAAAAUAGAGUAACAGUAGCUUACAUU